AUGGGCACGGAUAUUGACGUACUGGCGGCCACUGCUGAGGAGCUCCAGCAAUUGCUCAGCUCAUCUGCUGACAUAACCAGCAAGCAUCUCGUCCAAGUAUAUCUCUCACAGAUCAAGCGCCACAAUGACUACCUCAAAGCGAUAAUCAACACAGCUCCAGAAUCGCUCCUCCUGGAGAGAGCGGACAUGCUGGAUGAGGAAAGAAAGAAUGGCAAGCUUAGGAGUCCACUUCACGGUAUCCCCAUUCUAGUCAAAGACAACAUUGCAACCCACUUCAAGUCAACUGGCCUUGAUACAACGGCUGGAAGUUUAGCCCUAGUCAAUUCGAGCCCACGUAUCAAUGCACCGGUUGUAGAUCGGCUGCUAGAUGCAGGACUCAUUGUGAUAGGCAAAGCUAGCCUGUCGGAGCUAUCAUGGUGGAAAGGCAAAAACUUGAUCUGCGGAUGGAACGCGGUUAGCGGACAGGCCCAAUCUCCAUAUGUCAAAGGAGGUAUUCGCCCUGAUGAUUCGUUUGCAGGUCAUAGUAACCCGGGAGGUUCUUCAUCCGGCUCUGCGAUUGCGGUCGCGGCCGGCUUUGCUCCAGUUAGCAUUGGUACGGAGACAUUUGGAUCGCUCAUGCUACCUGCUGGCCGAGCUGCCCUCUAUUCACUUAAACCCAGCCGUUCGCUCAUCUCUCUUACCGGAAUUGUCCCUAUUUCCAGCUUUUCUGACCAGCCAGGCCCGAUGACAAAGACCACCAAAGACUUGGCUAUGCUGAUGGACAUCAUCACCGAUCCUGGCAACGUUCCACCGGGCGGCUACGCCUCGCGAGUGACAGGUUCAUGGGAAGGUCUCAAGAUUGGCACAGUAGACCCGGAACUAUGGAAGUAUACUCCGGACAUUCGAAAGGUUCUCGAUGAAGACAUGGAGAACCAGUUGAUCGAGCAAGUUCGACAUGCGUAUGGAGUUAUUAAGGAACACGCAGCAGUGUUCAAGGAUAAUGUCUUGUUAAACAUUGUCGACACGUUUUUCGUCAACGGCGAAGAGGUUUUGCUUAAAAUAUUCGAAAAGGGUUUUAAAGAAGAGUUUGAGAACUAUCUAAAACUCCUUGAUACCCCUCAGAUCAGGACGUUGGGCGACCUGAUUGCUUUCAACAAGGCGCAUGCCGAUAAAGAGCUUCCUCAAGGAUACGAUAACCAGGACAUCCUUGAGCUCUCUGAAAAGUCUAACGUGACCUCCGAAGACCGCGAGUCUUAUGUUUCCCAUUUGACCGAAUUCGGCCGCGAUCAAGGCGUCAAUAAGAUAUUUGAUGAACAUGACCUCAACAUCAUAAUGGGACCAAUCGAGUCGCCAUUGUACUAUUUUGCUGCGGCCUGUGGGUAUCCUGUUGCUGCUAUGCCGCUCGACUAUCUUGACUAUAACGGACGGCCGCAUGGGCUUUGUGCUGUCGCCAAAGAAGAGGGCCUUCUAAUCCAACUUCAGAGUGCUUAUGAGAGAGCCUUUCCACCGCGGAAGCCGCCAACUUUGUGA